UUGAGACCUCCGGCCCGCUGGGGGGCGCUGUGGGAGGCGGCACCGGAAGCGGAAGUGGCGGCGGAGCCGGCGGACAGCCCGGGCGGUGAGUGGGGCCCGCGGGUCCCGGUGUGGCGGGUCCGGCCCGCGCUCCCGCCACCUGCGGGCUGAGUGUCGGUGCUCGGUGAAGGGCUUGAAGUACCCGGUGAGGGACCCCAGUGCCCGGUGAAGGGUCCGUUCAGUCGAGUCUCGGAGCCCUGUGAGGGUCCCUGUGGAUAGCCGGUCGCGGUUUGCUGGGCUCUGGGAGCCCCAGUGCCCGGUGAGGGAUUGGGCUUGGCGGGAUCCGUGCCUGUCCCCGCUGCCCGGUGAGGAGCAGGGUCGGUGCGUCCCGGUAAGGGGCUGAGCUGCGCCAAGCCCCGCGCUCGGCGGGGUCCCGCUCUGGGGCGGCUCUGGUCGGUCUCAGUACCUGAUGGGGAGUGCGGUUUGGGGGUCUUUAACCAGCCCCGGAGGGGGGCCCGGCGGGCUGUGCCCCGGAGCGCACUCAGGGGUCCCGGUGUGCUGGGCCGUGUGAGCCCCGCUGGCCGGGGAGGGUCCCGGUGUGGGGUUCUGACGCAGCCCGGGGCGCAGUGAGGGCUCGCAGACAGCGGAGCCCCGUCCGUAGUGAGCCCCGAUCUGCCGGGCUCUGAGCCCCAGUGCCCGUGAGGUUUGGGCUGGGCGAGCCCCCGAUCCCCGCUCACGCAGCCCAGCCUGGGGGGCCCUGCCGAGCGUGGUCAGUUCGAGCUGUGCAGCCCCUGCGCACCCACCGCAGCUGGGACAGCUCCCCCUGCACCCCGCCAUGCCGGCCCACGGCCCCUCGGCGUCCCGCCGGCCGCUGCUGGCCCUGCUGGUGGCCCUGGGCUGGCUGCUGGCGCUGCAGCUGCUGCUGGACCUGCGGGCGCUGGGGCUGCUGUGCGGGGCGCUGGCCGUGCUGGGCGCCUGGCUGGGCCCGCCGGCGCUGGGCGCCCGCCGGCUGCGCCUGGAGCGCUUCGUGAGCUCGCUGCGGGCCCCGGCCGGCAGCCCCGCCGACGAGGGCCGCCUGCAGCAGGAGAUCGCCAGCACCGUCCGUAAAGUGGUGCGCGAUUUCGUGGCCUCGUGGUACCGCACGGUGAGCAGAGAGCCGGCCUUCGAGGCCGAGGUGGAGAGGGCCAUGCUGGGGCUGGCGGCGGAGCUGAGGCGGCGGAUGAGGCGGGUGGACCGGCGAGCCCUGGCGCGCCGCCUGCUCCUGCUCUGCGGGCGGCACCUCCAGAGCUUCCUGCGGGCGCGGGAGGCGCUGAGGGCUGACCCCAAGGGCGGCCGGACGCUGUGGAGGGAGUACAGCCGGCUGGCAGGGCCGCACCCCGCGCUCCUGAGCCCCGCGGCCGAGGUGGGCUGUGCCCGGGCCGCUGUGGACGCGCUGCUGCGGGCGCUGGUGCCGUGGCCGCACCUGGAGACGCGGACGGGACGUUUUGUUGUGGUGGAGCUGGUGGCCUGCAACGUGCUGCUGCCGGCCAUCAAGAAGAUGUCUGAUCCCGACUGGAUCAACCUGCUGCUCAUUGGGGCGUUGUCCAAGAAGCCCCGGGGCGGGAAGCCCCACACUGCACCCCCAGUGCCCGAGUCCUUGCCUUUCCCGGCGCAGACAGACACAGCCCCUGGCGGGCUAUCCCCAUCUCCCAGGGCUGCAGAGGGGCUCAGGAGAGAGGCAGGGGCUGCUGCAGAGGAGGGAGAGGAGGUGAGCAGGUCAUGCCAUGCAGAGGAACUGUUCCUGCGCCCCCAAGCGCUGGGAUCCCUCUUCCCCUGUGAGGGUUUGGAGCUGGAAUCCCCUGCACCUGAUGCAAGCCAGGAUGUGGAGCUGCUGGCUCCUUCCAUCGCUGGAGAGCCCCUUGAGGAGCACCCCCAGGACCCCUCUGUGCCAGAGGGAGCUCCUGCCUUGGAGGAUGGCACAGGGGACCUGGAGCAGGGCCCUGGCCCCAGCUCGGAUGCUGGCCUGCUUCCCACCUCUGCUUUGAGCUCCUGCCCUGACAUCCAGAUCGAGCCAGCGGUUGAGAAGGAGGAGGAAAGCCCAGCUGUCCCCAGGAGGUUCUCCUCACAAAGACCCUCCAGCCUGGGGAGAGAUCUGGGGGCAGCAGAGGGCCCAGCACAGUUUCCCCCAGAGCCCGGGCAGGGCCUGCCCCUGCUCUCAUCCUCCCCGACAGCUUCCAUGAGCACCUUCAGCUUCGAGCCCCUGAGCAGCCCCGACGGGCCGGUGGUGAUCCAGAACCUGCGGAUAACGGGCACCAUCACUGCCCGGGAGCACAGCGGCACCGGCUUCCACCCCUACACCCUCUACACCGUCAAGUAUGAGACAGCCCUGGAGAGCGAGGCAGCAGGCAGCCUGCAGCAGGUGGCUUACCACACCGUGAACCGCCGCUACCGCGAGUUCCUCAACCUCCAGACCAGGCUGGAGGAGAAGCCGGAGCUCCGCAAGUUCCUCAAAAACAUCAAAGGCCCAAAGAAACUGUUCCCUGAUCUGCCAUUUGGAAACAUGGACAGCGAUAAAGUGGAAGCCAGGAAAAGUCUGCUGGAAUCUUUCCUGAAGCAACUGUGUGCAGUCCCUGAGAUUGCAAACAGUGAGGAGGUGCAGGAAUUCCUGGCCCUCAACACCGACGCCAGGAUCGCCUUUGUCAAGAAGCCUUUCGUUGUCUCCAGGAUAGACAAGAUCGUUGUCAAUGCCAUCGUGGACACCUUGAAGACGGCGUUCCCCAGGUCAGAGCCCCAGAGCCCCACGGAGGAUCUGAGUGAGUCGGAAGUGGAUGGAAAAUCCCAGGCAGAUGGGAAGAAAGCGACCAAGUCCAGGCUGAGGUUCUCCUCCAGUAAAAUCACUCCAGUGCUGAGUGCGAGUGAAGCUCACGACAGGAUCGUGUACUCCAUCAGGGAGGGCAGCGCUGUCUCUGGCAGCCUGUCGCUGGCUGCUAUGGAAUCCUUCAUCCAGAAGCAGGAGAAGCUGCUGGAAGCAGUCCCCAGCAAAGCUCCUGAAGGCGAGGGAGGCAGAGAAGCCAAGGAAAUCUCUGUGCAGGAAGAAAUGGAUGGGCUGAGCACACUGGAGCAUCCGGACACUGACUCCGAGACAGCUUUGGCUGACCUGGCGCUGGACGUGCUUCGUCUGGUGCUGGUGGAUCACUGGAGCUGGCUGUGCACAGAGAACAUCCAGAGGGUCUUCAACCUGCUCUUUGGGACCCUUGUUCAAAGGUGGCUGGAAGUGCAGAUGGUCACCCUGACCUGCACCCAGCGCUGGGUCCAGUACCUCCAGUUGCUCCAGGAGUCCAUCUGGCCUGGAGGAGUUUUACCAGCAGUGCCUAAACCCCCCAGGACAGAGGAGCAGAAGAAGGCAACAGCAGAGCAGGCCCUGCAGAGCCUGAUGGGGAUCUUGCCCAAUGUGAUCCAAGAAAUCCUUGGGACCAGUAAGUGUCGGAUGAGCUGGAACCUGGUGCUGGAGUCGCUGAGCCAGCCUGUGAUAAACAGGCACCUGGUGUUCUGCCUCCUGGACAUUCUGCUGGAGUUCUUGGUUCUGAAGGAUUCCAGCAAGGAUCCUGAGGCUGCAGCUGCCUGUGCCUGCAGUAGCCAGGACAAAGGUGUCCCAGCACUUUAGCCAGGGCUGGUGCCUCAGCAGUGGAGGAGAAAAGCAGCCACAGGCAUGCAGUGAUUGAUUUUCAGCCUUUACUGAAUGUGCCUGGGAGCUUCUUGUAAGGAAUUUCUCCAGCCAGUGCUAAAUGAAGCUGCUUCCAGGCUUCUCUGUGUCAGCUGGGGGGUGGAUCAGACCCAGUGUGAGGGGCUGAAGAUGCUGUGCAGCAUCUGCUCCAUUGCUGACCUGAUGGAGAGCCUGGAAUGAACCAGCCUGACCAGUUGGAGAAGGAACCACAAACCCCGUGGUCUUGCCCCACCUCUCUGAACAUCUCUAACACCUACAGGCAGAGGACCAGAAUUGCUUUUGUGGCUUCAGGGCCCACCUGGCACUGAGAGUUGGUGUGAUGGGAUCUUGCUGCCCCUGCUGUGUGAGCAGCCUGCCCUGUGCCUGCUCUGCACCAUCCGCGUCACCAGAGGGAAGAUGAGGAAAGGAUGGACUGGGAGAUGUGGUCCUGAGUUCAGCAUCCCACUGCACAAACACCUGGGAGCUGAGAGCAGGGCUCAAAGGUGCUGCCCUGCCUUGGGGACCAAGAUCAGCUGCUUCUCCCUGCCACUGCUCUGGUUCUCCAUCGAACAGGAGGGUGCAGGCAGGCUGUGAUCCUGGGAAAGAGACUCUCCUCACCCUGGGGAGAAGGGGUAGCUUGGCUGGACUUCAGGAUUUGCUUAUAUUCUGCUUUCUGAGUCACCUUUUAGCCCCUGGGACAGUCACCUGGAAGGCACAGAACAAAAGGAGCUGACCCCUGUGGGACACAGCAAGUAAAUGAGCUCCCACACAGACGUGGUUGUCACAGGAAGCUGGAAGAGGAGAGCCCAGGGGGAAUCCUGGAUGUGUGUCAUGGACAGGCAUGGUGAGACCCCAGAAAAAGGCUUGUGAGCCCUGCCUGGGCUCUGCUGUUCAUGGCUGUGUCACUGGGCUUUGCUUUGCUGUGCUGCUGCUGCAACAGCUCUGUGCAGGGCUCUGGAAAGCUGCUCAGGUCGUGGAACGUGGAUUUGGAGCUGCUUCUCCAGGUUGUUGAAGACUUGAGUGGUUUUGUGAGCAUUUGUUGCUCAGCAGUCAGGUUCCUGGGAGUGCAAAAGGACUCAGGACAUGCACCAACAGCUUGGUGAGCUGCUUUGGUGUAUUUCUAGGAGGAACACAGACUGCCAGUGCUGGGCUUGGCUGCUGGAGGUUCCCUGCAGAGCAGAGGAGACUCCACGCAGGGAACCGUGCAGGACAUGCAGUGUCUGUGCUGCAGCACCAGAUGUGAGACGGUUUCAUCUCACAGAACCAUGGAAUACCAGGCUGGAAGAGACUGCCUGCAGUUUCUUGGAGCUGGAUGCUCCAUGGCAUGUUUGGAGAAAAAGCAGUGCAACUCCAACAUGCCUACUCGGCUCCUCCCAGAGGAGCUGCUUAAUAAUGGGCACACAGCAGUGUGAGCUACUCUGUGCUUCUGUUGUGUGCAAAUACGGGGAGGGAUCAUUUUGCUGCAAGCAAAUAGAUUUUUAGGGGGCUCUAAGGACAUCCCAAGACCAGGCAGAAUCCAAUGUCAUGAAGCAGAUCAAUUCUGCAUCACUGUUGGAGCCAUUUCUCAGCGGGGAGGCCUCAGAGAUGGUAAACUGGCCACCUUGGAGAAGAAGGGAGAUGUGUGUGUUCAGUAGUUUAGGAGGAGAUGAGGUGGAGAGUGCUUUGGGAUAAUCCCAAAUGGCCAAGCAGGACUCAGACAUAUCCUUAAAUAUCUGCUUGGAGCAACUGCUUCACCUUGUCUUUCAGUGCCAGGCUCCUGUUUCCCUCCUUUUUCCUCCUGCUCCUAUUCACCCACCAGCUGUCAGGACAGGAACACAGCACCAUCAGCAGGGAUGAGGCAGCAGAGCCCUGUUCUGCUUGGUGGCUUCCCAGAUGUUCCUGGUGUUCCUGUUUGCUGUUGCUUCCUAAUUAAUUGUGUGGCUUUGGAGCUCCAGGACUGUGCUCUGUCAUUGAUUAGGGAUAAUAUUAAGAGGCUUUGCUGAAGAGGAUGAUGGAGUGCAAAUUAUCUACUGCCAGCUCCAGGUUAGGGAAAAAGUCUAAAACAGUCCCUGCACACACUGGAUGUGGCACUGGAAGGAUGAGCUGACACUUCUCCUUUGCCAGGAAGCCCAAAUUCUCCCUGCUUUAAUCCCCAUCUCUGAAAUUAUGCAAAUGACUGAAUAUUCAGUCCUCCAGAUGGAAAGAAUUAGUGAUUACUGCCAGUUUGGGAGCUGGUGCUUUGCUGGGCUGGUGCAGCAAUGAUUUGGGGUUGUCCCAGCAGCAGCAACCCCUCUGAGUUAAGAUACAAAGAGCUGGGACAGAGAGACAGAAAGGAGAUUUACUUAUGUGCCCUCUCAAGGCAGGGUUGGGAACAGACCUAAGGAGUUGGAAUUGCAAAGGGGUUGUUUUACUCUCCAGAACCCCUUUCUGCUCUCAGAUAUGAGGGGUUUGAGCCCUUUCUCAUGCUCUCACUGCCUGGGCUUCAAAUCCCCAUUCUCUCCUGUGCUACAGCCUUACAGCUGAGGUGAAGUGCCCAGGAGCAAGUAGCCCCUCUCUGCAUCAUGUUGUUAAGGAGUAAAACAAAUCCAAUAAAAAGCUCAGCUUUUCUUCUCCUGUGAGUUCUUUGCCUCACUGUGAUCCUGGGAUUAAACUGAGCACAAUGGUGGCAGAUCCAAACUUCUGCAUUCAGGUGGGCUGAAAGUUUAUUUCCAUUGGACUAAGACUAGAAAAACUGCUUUGGUAAAACAAACAAAGUUGACAAAAAAACCUUAAGCUUGCUCAGUGUGUCAUAUUCCCAGCAAGCUCCUUUUUUUCUGCAGGAAUUUGCAGAAGGAAUUUGCAGAAGGCUCCAGCCACCUCUCUAAAGGGCAGGUGGUGAGAGCAGCCAGAUUUAUGUCAAGGAAGAGCUGCAGCCUCGUGGCACGUUAGGUAGAGAGCAGUACCUGCCUCAGGUGGGUGCUCAGCUCCCCCUCUCCAGGUCCUUCUGGCUGUGUGUGAUCUGCCUCCAGCCCACCACUUGCUGAUUUUGUAAAGGCUUUCCCACUGCCUUAGUUUCCCAGCUGACUGGAAUCUUCCUGGAAGCAGGGAUUGCUCCUGUGUAUGAGAGCAGUGGUGCAGGGCUCCAGGGCACCACUCUAAGCUAAAUAACUGUUUAACUAACUAAAUAACUGUGUUCUUAGGGGAAAAGAGUCCCACCGUGCACUGACUCCCUGUCCUGUUUCUGUACUCAACCCUCUGUAUCAGCUGUUUGUGGUGCUGUUGGAGUCUGUGUGAAUUGUGCUGUCUGGAAAACCCCUUUCAUUGUUAAACGGGGAGCAAACCUUCACUCCUAUGUACCUGUGUGCAAUAAUACUUUCUUUCAAACUUA